AUGGCUGUGCUGUCCUCCUCUGCUUUGAGUACGACCUCCCUGGCCGCAACGGUGACGGCCACGACAACUGCGACUUCCACAGCGUUGCGACUGCCGCCAGAUCCCUGGGCGGAAGUCAAGAGGCAGAUUGCCACGAUGGCAACCCAGGUCGCGCGGCCAACCUGCAGGACGCCUGGCACGAAGAAGGGCUGUGAACGCUGCUGCAGUGAUGGCCACAAUUGGCGGGAGUGCUUUGAUGUGGAGUCGUGUGCGGCACAAGUUCCCCCAGGUGGACGAUACGCUUUCGUGUUGGCCCAGGUCCAGCAGCCGGGCUCAAACUGGCUGCCGUAUCUUGAGAAGAUGCGCGAAGAAGCGGACAGGAUCCAGCAGGAAACGACUGCAUCGGUGGACCUGGUUGUCCUCAUCCCGACCGCGCACGUCGGCAAGCUGCGCGAGAUGCACUGGAGCCGCUUGAAGCAGUUUGGAGUGCAGGUGGUGAAGGUGCCUUGGGAACUUCCUCCAGAGCUGCACUGGUGGCCAGAAGAUUGGCAUCCAGGCAAGGUGGAUGGAUGGUGUGGGCCCCAAGACCUCGUCCGCCUACACACCAUCGGCUUAGAGUCUUUCGAUGCGGUGGCCUUCUACGACCAGGACGUGGAGUUCCACGGUGCUGCACCCAGCAAGGCAUGCAAGAAGCGGGUGAGAUGA